GGAAGGCUGUCUGGUUGCUGUAUUAGCUGUUGGUCACACGCACCUGGGCUGAAAACGACUGGCAUCUGAAACCCCUUGGACCUGCUGGAGGCAGCCUCAUCUACCUGCGGAUGUUGUGAAUUAGGAGCUGGCCAAAGAGUGGGAGAGCUCCAGUAUCCCUCCCCAGAAAAGAGUGCUGCUGGGGUGAGUGCAGAAGAAUGGCUGCGGCAGAACCUCUGACCGCUUUCUCACGAUGGUACCUGUACGCCAUCCACGGCUAUUUCUGUGAGGUGAUGUUCACAGCUGCCUGGGAAUUUGUGGUCAAUUUCAACUGGAAGUUCCCAGGUGUUACCAGUGUGUGGGCACUCUUCAUCUAUGGCACCUCCAUCCUCAUUGUGGAGAAGAUGUAUCUGUAUCUCAAAGACAAGUGUAACAUUUUAGUGCGCUGCUUCAUUUACACACUGUGGACAUACCUCUGGGAGUUCACCACUGGCCUCAUCCUACGCCAGUUCAAUGCCUGCCCAUGGGACUAUUCCCAGUUUGAUUUUGACUUCAUGGGCCUGAUCACCCUGGAGUAUGCCAUCCCAUGGUUUUGUGCUUCUUUCAUCAUGGAGCAGCUGGUGAUCAGAAACACCCUGCGCUUACGAUUCGAUGAGACUGCUGAGCCCGGGGCCCCCACCGCACCCGUUGGCUUGGCCAAUGGCCACGUGAAGACGGAUUGAGCAGUGACUUAGAACCAUACUUAGCAAUGUGAAAGAGCCCAGACCUCUACCACGGACAGUCAGCUCUGGCUCUGAGGUACUGCUCCUUGCUGUAUAAGAUUCGUAAACCCCAUUUUUCUAAUGGGGGUGUGCAUGGGAUAUACCAGAAAAAAUGGAACCAAUAGAUUUUCUAUGGAUUUUACUCUUUGGGCUCCAAGGACCAAUAUCAGUUACUUGUUAGUUAGGUCGUUUCUGAUUUUAACUUAUUACUGAUGAAAGCAGUCCUUUUGCUUACACUUUAAAGUGGAGAAAGAAGAGAAAAGAAACGCUACAGCGGAAAUGCAUCCAAAAAAGCCCCACCUAAUCAGUGGAUGGGCAUGGACACGCCAGCUGAGUUAGUGAUUGGCUUACUCCAUUAGGCAAUAUUCAGGUGCUUGCUUGCAACCAAUACCUCCCUGGGACCUGAGAUGCUGCAGGAAGAAGCAAAAUCCAUCUGCUGUUGAGAAGUACCUAAGACUGGCAGUCUGCUGGGGAGGUAGAUGGUGUUCCCCUCACCAGGUCCCAUUGGCCUCUCCCCAGGUUCUUUGUUGCACCAUGAAAUAAUCUGGUGCUGGACAUCUUGCUGAAUUUAUACAGAUCUUGUACUUUUUGAAAUCUCAGUCCUGAUACUCACUAGAAAUUUUUUCUUUUCUUUUUUCUUCUUCAUUUUUUUUUCUAAUAAAGACCUUUAUUGCCAAGUGAAUUUUACCAUAAUCUGUGCUAUCUGAAUCUUGGCAAAAGGCACAAGAAAUAGUGCAAGUCUUCCCAUCUCCUUUGUACCCCCAAAGCAGAUCUUGCUACAGAUUCCAGCUCCCAUCUCAGCCAUGCAAACCUUGUAGAGACUAUAUAGCCCACAAGACUUUUCUGCCUUCCUUUCCAGGGAUUCCUCUGUUUCUGGUGAUGUCAAUAACUUAGUCUGGCUGCAGCCCAUUGUAUUUGAAGGUCAAAACCUUCAUGUGGCUAACCCAGGAUUUGGUCCUCUGGCACUGACUUCCAUGUUCCUUCAGCACUGGAAGGCCUUGGCUCAGUUCUGUCUUGUGUUCUGCUCAGUGUAUCAAGUGGAUUUGCUUUUUCUUCUCAAAUUCUGCUUUAAAUAACCACAGCCAUAUUGUUGUGAUAGUAAUUGGAGUCAGCUAGAGAUAUACCAUGCUGUCUGAUACACUUACUAAAAAAAACCCCAAAAAAUAACAAAAACCAGAACACCAGUCUCUGAAAAGCACUUCUUCAUGCUCUGCCUGAGUGAGGCUUUGAGUAGGGCGUGAGAGCAGCAGUAGAGAGGUGGAGCAGGAGGGACUGCUGCGGCUUCACUGUAGACCUACCUGCACCAGGGACAGUUUGAAAUUGGUAACACUUAUGGAGAACAAGGACAGUUGUGGUGCAGGGAAGGUGUUUGAUAGCGGCAGCCACAAGUUUGUAAUUCACUCCGUCAAGUUUUGGCCUUUGAAGUUAACAAAGUUAGCAAGAAACAUGGAGAUUCCAGCUGUCAGAUUUCUCACUCCUGAACUGAUAUGGGGAAGGUUUGCCAGAGUUGUCCCAUAAGGCCAGAUUAAUUUUUCUGUUCUUCCACCACAGUCAGCAGAGCUGUACCAGGGAUAAUUUGGCUUGGAAUGCAGAUCUGUUGUAGGAUUCCACUCUUAUUUUGGAAACAGUUGGGCCAUUUCUGUGUAUGUCCCUUGUCUCUGGUAGGGGGUCCUCAGUUAUGAACUUGCUCCUUGCCCUGGCACAGCCAUUCCUGAGAGAAAAACACUGCUGGCCCUGUGAGUAGAAUUGUUUCUUGGUUCUGCUCUUACAGGGCAGUGUUAAUCCUUUUUUGUAUUACACAGAGAGCAAUUAUUUUAUUCCUUCCCCUUUUCACAAGGCAUCCAUUGCUGGCAAUGGACACAUGAAAACAGUGGUGGCAAGGAAUUAAUCAAAUCUGCCCUGGGUAUGCAAUGUAUCCUGAAUCACUGAGAAUACUUAGGUGGGUAUUUAGAGUUCCCUUUUAUUAUUUCAUUAUAUUAAAAGAGAACAAACACUGAACAGAUAGUUCUUUUGAUGCUGUGAUGCCAGUGCUACAAAGUCAGAGAAACAGUAUGUAGUUUAUCAGCCUUGUUGGUCUCAGGAGUAUAGACCCAAGCAAAAUAGUCACCUGAAACUGUACAUGGAGGAAAAAAAGAGCUUUGUGUGUAGGAUAAUGUAACAGCUCUACUGGAGCAGAACAAGAACUGCAAGGUGCAGAUGAGAGUUGGGAUCUCACCAUUUUGGCCCUGGUUAUGUCACGGUCAUCAAAUGCAGUGUCUAAAGCUGGGUUGUCCUCUCACAGCAUAGCUUAAAUGUGGUGUUGUGCUGCCUCCUACACCGCCCCCACAUCAUGUAAAACCCUCAGCUUUAUAGAAAGAUCCUUAGGAUCCCUGCUUUCUCCUUAGCUGUUACAUAACUCUUUGGAAAGGUUAAAAAGGAGCUAGCAGUGUGGUGUGGAGGACUGGCUGUCCACAGAGCUAACCUGGUGUGCAGUAGCAGUUGUGUCUGUUAUUGUCUGUACUUAAGAAGGUCCCAUAUAAAUGACACUUUAUUUGUGUUUUGCUGAACGAUGUAAUAUUUAACUGCUCAAAAUAUGGAAGGGUUUCCCAGCAGCAUCUAGUAUCCUAGGGCAUUAUUCUUAUUGCCUGUGUCACUGAAACAGCUGUUGUAGUCUGCUUUCCACUGGUGUCUGAUGUGUACCACCCAGCUACUGCAUCUUCAUAGAGUGGUAAUUUUUACCCAGAAGUGCACUUUACUUGCAGCUUGCACACCAGAAACAGAAAAGGACCUGGCAAAUUCUUAAAUAAUAUAAUUAUAUAUAAUACCACAUACCUACUGCAGCAGGAUUAGCCAGAUUUCUCCUUUCUGAGCAACGUGGCUGCUGUCAGAGCUUUGUCUUUUCUGCAAAAUCUCCCUUUUUAAUACAUGUGAUGCUUCUUAUAACAUCUUGCAGAACUGCCCAGAGCACGUUACCAGGAUCUCAGUGGCAGCUCAGUGAGAGCUCGGGAGCUGGACUGAAGCUGAAGAGACAUUUACAUGAAGAAAAAAAACGCACAAGGCCUAACAUUUGUUUGUAUGUGUAUCUUCCUCAGUAGAUUAAAGUUGCCUGUUUUGAGUUCACCAGCAAUAAAAAAAACUUGUGAUUUAUCUACCUUGCCCUAACUGCAGCAAAGAGAAAAUGACCCUGAUCUCUGCCUUUCUUUCCCAGGGGGUGGUGGGAUGUGGACUGCCCAGGGUUCCAGUUUUGCAUCUGUUCUCUCGCUUAUCUCAUGUACAAUCCACCCUAAAGGAUCUCAAAGUAUUUGAUAAAUAAGUACAGAGUCUGGUGUCUGUCACACGAGAGGCAGUUCAAGCAUUACUGUGGUAUCUGUUCAUACUCCAAAGUUCUUGCCAGAGGGGCAUGUUUGAUCUACAGCAAGCCCAGAUGGCAUUUUGUUCUUUGGUGUUAUAAUUGAGAGAAAUGUGUACAUAUGUACCAGGUACUAUUGAGCCUUUGGUCUGAAUGCAUUUUGUAAUUAAAGCAGAAUAAUCCAAUCAAGA